CUUAACUGCAAUUUUAAGCUGCUUGUAAUGCUGAUUCAACCAUGGAAGUAUUAGAGACCAAUGUUGAACCCUAUUCUGAUGAGGAAUCAGAUAGUGUAAAUGCUGAACCAUUUCCUGAUGAGGAACAGAAUUUUUUGUCAAAUGUCAAGUUACUGAGAAAUGAAACCAUAAAAACUUCAUGUAACUCAUCAGGAGAGGCUGCUUCUCUUGGGGAAGGAUCUCCACAUUCAGUAUUUGAUUUUAAAGUAGCAAAAGAGGAGCAAAAUGAAAACCAUGAUGAAGUAACAGGAAUGACUGAGAAUAUGUUUGUCCAUGUGAGAACCGAGCAGCCUGAUGACUUACAACCAGUUGAUGUUAUUUCUAAGUUCACUGAAAGUGAUGAUGACAUGGCUUGUGUAAAUGAUGACGUUAUGAAUGUGAAAAAAGAAAAUGAAUUUCAAGAAGGGUUCCAACUUGAUUCUGGGUUAGAAGGUACAUCUGAUCCAAAGACUUUCAUAAACAACCAUUGUGGAAGGCAGUUUCCUGGUUGUACUGUAUUGAUACAAGAAGCUCCUGAUACAAAAAACAGCAAAUCUCAGAAACCAAGUGGUGAUGAUGCAUUUGUUAAAAAAUUUUGUAGGGAAAAUAAUCAAAAGAGGUGUCAGAUUUCUCACAUUAUGGAUGCAUUAUACAGUUGUGUUUUGUGUGGCAAAGGGUUUGGUAAAAAAAGUGUUUUUAAAAGACAUUUUAGGAUUCAUACUGAAAAGAAACCAUACAGCUGUUUGAUAUGUAGUAAAGGAUUUGGCAGUAAAGAUCAACUUGAAUUACAUCAGAGGAUACAUACUGGGGAGGAACCCUACUGGUGUGUUGAGUGUGAUAAAGGAUUUGCUAGUAAAGAUCAACUUGAAUUGCAUCAGAGGGUACACACUGGUGAGGAAUCCUACUGGUGUAUUAAGUGUGAUAAAGGAUUCAAGAGCAAAGAUCAUCUUCAGUUACAUCAGAGAAUGCACACUGAGGAGGAAUACUACAUGUGUGUUGUGUGUGAUAAAGGAUUUAGCAGUAAAGAUCAACUUGAAUUGCAUCAGAGGAUACACACUGGUGAGGAAUCUUACUGGUGUGUUGAGUGUGAUAAAGGAUUUACCAGAAAAAAUCAACUUGAAUUGCAUCAGAGGAUACACACUGGGGAAGAACCCUACUGGUGUGUUGAGUGUGAUAAAGGAUUUACCAGUAAAGAUCAACUUGAAUUGCAUCAGAGGAUACACACUGGGGAGGAAUCCUACUGGUGUGUUGAGUGUGAUAAAGGAUUCGACAGCAAAGAUCAACUUGAAUUGCAUCAGAGAAUGCACACUGGGGAGGAAUCCUACUGGUGUGUUGAGUGUGAUAAAGGAUUCGACAGCAAAGAUCAACUUGAAUUGCAUCAGAGAAUGCACACUGGGGAGGAAUACUACAUGUGUGUUGUGUGUGAUAAAGGAUUUGGCAGUAAAGAUCAACUUGAAUCACAUCAAAAGAUUCACACUGGUGGGGGACCUUACAGAUGUGUUGUGUGUGAUAAAGGAUUUGGAAGUAACAGUAACUUAAAAAUACAUGAGAAGAUACACACUGGAGUAAAACCAUACAGUUGUGCAGUAUGUGGCAAAGGAUUUAGACGGAAAACUGAUCUAAAAAAACAUGAAAGAUUACAUACUGGAGAGAAACCAUACAGUUGUGUUGUGUGUGGCAAAGAAUUUAGAAUUAAUGACCAACUAAAGAUACAUGAAAUGAUUCACACUGGUGAGAAACCUUACAUUUGUGUAUUUUGUAACAAAGGUUUUAGAAGUAGUAGUACACUGAAAAAACAUGAAAAGAUACACACUGGACUAAUGCCAUACAGUUGUGAAGUAUGUGGUAAGAAAUAUAUCACAAAUGGUCAACUACAAGUACAUCUAAGGAUACACACUGGGGAAAAACCAUACACUUGUUCAGUGUGUGGUAAAGAAUUUAGAAGAAAUAGUCACCUGAAGGUACAUCAGUUGGUUCAUACUGGGGAGAAACCAUACAUAUGUGUAGUUUGUGGCAAAAACUUUAGAUGUGGCAGUUUGCUAAAAAAACACGAGAAGUUACAUACUGGAGAUGAACAAUAUAACUGUGAUGUGUGUGGUAAUCAGUAUACAACUAAUAGUGACCUAAAGAUACAUGAGAAGAUGCACACUGGUGAAAGACCAUACAGUUGUGGUGUAUGUAGUAAAGAAUUUAAACGAAGUAGCGAUCUGAAAAGACACCAGAAAAUACACUCUGGGGAGAAGCCAUACAGUUGUGUAGUGUGUGGCAAAGGAUUUACAAGAAAUAGUCACCUAAAGGUACAUCUGAUGAUACAUACUGGGGAGAAACCAUUUAGUUGUGCAGUUUGUGAUAAAGAAUUUGAAACAAAUAGUAGUCUGAAAUUACACAUGAUGAUACAUACUGGAGAGAAACCAUACACUUGUGUAAUGUGUGGCAAAGGAUUCAGAAGAAAUGGUGACUUAAAAGUACAUCAUAGGAUACACUCUGGAGAGAAACCAUUUAGUUGUGUAGUAUGUGGCAAAGAAUUUGGUGUAAAAAGUUACCUAAAAAUUCACGAGAGGAUGCACACUGGAGAGAAACCAUACAACUGUGUAGAAUGUGGCAAAGAUUUCAGAACCAGCAGUUCACUAAGAAAGCAUGAGAGGUCACACACUACUGAAAAGUGAUAGUUGUAUGGAGUGUGGCAAAGAAAUUGAAAUUAUUGGUAACAUAAAUCAUCAUUAUAUGAUUCAUGUUUGGAAGAUAGUUUUUACAUCUGUUACAGGAAAUUAAUAUAGGGUUCAUCUUUGUAAAGAUAGUUAUCUAAGUGGGAGAAAAUCAUAGAAAAAUUUUCAGUUUGUGACAAAAGAUGUGAAAUACAAAAUUGUGAUAUAAUGUUAUAGUUAAGCAACAUAAAACCUUAACUUGGAGCAGUUGUAAGUUAUUUCAUGAAAAAUUCCCACAUAAUUACAAUUGUUUCUCCUUAGUUCUUUAUUCUGCAUUUUAAAAGACUUAUCUUUUCACUUUGGUUUUAUAGAUAACAGAUUAACAUACAUCAAUAGUCAUUAAGUUCACAAGACUUUCACAAUCAUGUAGUAUUCGUUUUAUGAAAUAACAUGUUUACAUGAUUGGGAGGCUACAUGCUGAUACAAGUAUGUAUGCAUUUUUUCUCACAGCAUUCCACUUUUUUCAUAACAUAGCGAAAUUCUGAAUAUAGAUAUUAAUAUAAAUCGGUGUUGUCAUGCAUUCAAGUUAAUCAUAGGACAAUGUUCUUGUUAAUAAGUAGAACCCACUAAGUGAGUAAACAAACAUUGUUUAUAGUUGGUUGUAUACUUCAAAUAGUGACCCUGACUCAUUAAAACAUAUUUUCCUUUUUUCAAAAUUCUCUUUCACUUGUUUAUCCAUUGGUAACUGGACUUUUAUCAGAGAAGAAUCUGAUUUGAAAUUUGAAUUUGCUUAUUAAAACAAGUUUUGAAAUUUACAGUCAAAUUAUUGAUGCGUGUUAUUUGACUCUCCAUUAUUUUUAUUUUCAAUGCAAAAAUUUAGAAAUACUUAAUUUUUACAAAGAAUUAUCAUCAAAGUUUAUUAUAUAAACUGUGUAUGUAUUUUUUAUUUUAUUUCCAUGUGCAUUUAAUAAUUGCUAUAUCGCAAUGAAUUUCUAGAUCAAGAACUUUUUGGAUUUUUGGCAAACGUAUAGUUAGCCUUAUUGCUUGUUUCAUUAUAUAUAUUGUACAGUAAUAAAGAAAUACAAGUAAUCCUUUGAUUGUGACAUUCUGAAGAAAGUUUUCUUGGAUUUGAACACCCCUGUAGUACUGGGAGUUACUGUCUGUAUUCUGUACUAUCUUUGAUUGUGAACUAAGAAAAUAAACUUGAACAUGAA